AUGUAUCACUCAGAUAUCUUCCAGCAAUAUGGGCCUUCCUAUGGGGUGAGACCCCCACGCAGCCUGCCACCCAACUACCCCACAGCCACGGGCCACCACGAGGCAUACAGGUACCCAGGUAAGAGCAAACUCACCUUCUCCCCAAGGCUUUCAGCAGUCCAAGGGAGUCUUAGAUACAAUGAUUGUCAACUGGCCCUUCUGGUCUGUAAGAUAAAAAAACAUCUUAGCCUUCGCUGCUUUUACUGGAAGGCUAUUCCAGGUGUCUACUACCCUGUCUAUAUCACUGUUACUGCUCCCACUGGAAGGCUAUUCCAGGUAUCUACUACCCUUUCUAUAUCACUGUUACUGCUCCCACUGGAAGGCUAUUCCAGGUAUCUACUACCCUUUCUAUAUCACUGUUACUGCUCCCACUGGAAGGUAUUCCAGGUAUCUACUACCCUUUCUAGUUAUGCUCCCACUGGAUAGACUGUAAGCUUGUUUGAACAGGGUCCUCUUCAACCUAUCGUUUCUGUAAGGUUUUUUUUGUAAUUGUCUUAUUGUUAAAUCUCCCCUUCUGAUAACAUUGUAAACCGCUACUGAAUAUGCUGGUGCUAUAUACAUGGCAAUAAUAAUAAUAUUAACAAUAAUAAUCUACUACCCUUUCUAUAUCGAUGUUAGCCUUUAUUGCUCCCACUGGAAGGCUAUUCCAGGUAUCUACUACCCUUUCUAUAUCACUGUUACUGUUCCCACUGGAAGGCUAUUCCAGGUAUCUACUACCCUUUCUAUAUCACUGUUACUGCUCCAACUGAAAGGCUAUUCCAGGUAUCUACUACCCUUUCUCUAUCACUGUUGCUGCUCCCACUGGAAGGUUUUCCAGGUAUCUACUACCCUUUCUCUAUCACUGUUGCUGCUCCCACUGGAAGGCUAUUCCAGGUAUCUACUACCCUUUCUAUAUCACUGUUACUGCACCCACUGGAAGGCCAUUCCAGGUAUCUACUACCUUUUCUAUAUCACUGUUACUGCACCCACUGGAAGGCCAUUCCAGGUAUCUACUACCUUUUCUAUAUCACUGUUACUGCUUCCACUGGAAGGCCAAUCCAGGUAUCUACUACCCUUUCUGUAUCACUGUUACUGCUUCCACUGGAAGGCUAUUCCAGGUAUCUACUACCCUUUCUAUAUCACUGUUACUGCUCCCACUGGAAGGCUAUUCCAGGUAUCUACUACCCUUUCUAUAUCACUGUUACUGCUCCCACUGGAAGGCUAUUCCAGGUAUCUACUACCCUUUCUAUAUCACUGUUACUGCUCCCACUGGAAGGCUAUUCCAGGUAUCUACUACCCUUUCUAUAUCACUGUUACUGCUCCCACUGGAAGGCUAUUCCAGGUAUCUACUACCCUUUCUAUAUCACUGUUACUGCUCCCACUGGAAGGCUAUUCCAGGUAUCUACUACCCUUUCUAUAUCACUGUUACUGCUCCCACUGGAAGGCUAUUCCAGGUAUCUACUACCCUUUCUAUAUCACUGUUACUGCUCCCACUGGAAGACUAUUCCUUGUAUCUACUACCCUUUCUAUAUCACUGUUACUGCUCCCACUGGAAGGCUAUCCCAGGUAUCUACCAUGGUUUCUCAUGGUUGGAACAUCCUGUUUAAGUAAAUAAUCCAUUUUGGUGCUGAGAUUGAGGGUUGCAGUGUAUGGGUGUAUUAAAGGUUCUAUUAUUGCAUUGUAUUGGAGGUUCUGUUGUAACGUUUGGUCUGUAGUGUUUGUGAUGUUCUGUUGAGUGUGGGUCUCCAGGAUUGUGAGGUAUAGGACUUCUGAUAUAUUUGGGUCUGUGAAGUUCUGAUUUGGUGUGGAUCUGGUUCUGGUUGGAUCCAUAGGUUCUGUGAUGAUACCUGAGUUUUCCCAUUUAAUAAGUAUUUGUGUUUUUGUGCUAAGAUACCUAUACCUGAAGGCCUUCAUACAUGGCGAUUCUCAUGUAUCUGGUCCUACACUGAUAUGAUGUAUCAAGUCUUGGAGAUUCUGAUAUCUUGGUGAAAGUUUCUGAUUUGGGGUCUGGCAAUGUUUUACAGUUUUACAAUAUAACGGAGUCUUUGGUUCAGAUGUCUCUGUAAAGUUGAUUAAUAUCGGUUAUGGAAGCUUUUCGAGUUUUCAUGUAAUUCUAAAUUUGGAGGAUCUGAGAACCUGGUUAUGUGAGGUUCUGGUGGUUCUGGGUUUAUUAGGAACUGAUGUAUCUGUUCUCAGCUGUUUGGAAGUCCCACGGUAAUGGAGAUCUGAGAAUCUGGUUCUGGGAGGUUCUGGUACUGGAAGGCUGUUAUAUAUCUGGUUCUGGAAGGCUGUGAUCUAUCUGGUUCUGGAAGGCUGUGGUAUAUGUUGUUAAGUGCUGUGGUAUAAGUUGAAUUUGGGUCUAUGAAGUUCUAGAGGAUCUGGGUCUGAGGCUUUGAUGUGUAGGAAUCUCAGGCAGGGUGUCUGUUUAUUGGGUGGGUGGGGGAAUGCUCCUAUCUCAUUACCAUAUUACCCACCAGGGUUCCAAUUAACAGAACUUGUCUGUCAUUUAGCACAUACAUGCCAAUAAGCCAAUAUGUCACUGAGUCAUGUCCCAGUGCAGAUUGCAAGGACAGGAUUAAUCAUGAAAGGAAUAGAAAGGAUGAGAAACACAGUGCCUGGCACUGAAAUGGCUAAAUACUGGCCCUGUUAACUCUUUCCCUGCUGCAGGACACGGUGUACUGACAUCCUCUCUCUCUGUUACAGAACUGGAUGUUCCCGGCCAAAGGUAUGAUAGCCUAUUCUCAACACUGGAUCCUUCCCAAAGGAUUCUGGGAGCAGCUCCUCUCACGCCUCUCUCCUUGCCCCCCGGACCAACCUUGGGCUUUGGGCAACCACAUCCACCGUGUGAAGCCCCCCGUCUUCCGGGGAAUGUGAAGAUGACUCUGGAGAACAAGGAGCUGUGGAAGCAGUUUCAUGCAAUAGGAACAGAGAUGAUUAUAACCAAGUCUGGAAGGUAAGUAGAGGACGACAGGUCUAGAGGCACUUCGAAUGGAAAAUUAUUACCCUCUUGUUUACUGGUUGACUGGUGCUUCAUUAAAUGCAACAUUUUUAUCACUUCUGAAUCCAAUGUACAACGCCACAGAUUAUGUUGGCUCUUUAUAAAGACUUACAGGCACUAGCUUAGCAAAUCUUAAAUAUCACAUAAAUCCGCUAUGAAGGCGCCUAGACGAACACUCUUAGUUUAUCAAACUUGCCCCACCAGAGCCAGACUAGUAGGAUAUUCGUGGAUUUUUCACCAUCAGGGAUGUCCUGAUUGCCCCCGAGUGCAUGUAAUCACUAAUAAUAUUUCAUCUUUUACCUACUGCCAUGGAGCAAGACCCUAAUAGCAGCGCUGUGGCUAGGACUCCAGGGCAACCGGCACCAUGUUAACCCAGAGUUGGAGAAUUACCCGUGUGUAGAAUUCCUAGAUCCCACCAUUAUUAGUAGAAGAUCCAAACGGGGCCACCAUGUGCUAAUAUAUGUAUUGCUCAACAUGUCCCUUUGCUGUCUGACAAUUUACCUGAUAUGGUUCUUGAAGUAUUAGUUACUUUCUUUUCCACAUUGAUAGUUUUGUAAAUAAAAUUAUGAUUUAAAAUAAAAUUGGCCUCACUAUAAUACUGUUGCUCGGAUCGUAAUGUUAUUAAGGAGCCCCUUGUGUAAACCUAGGAAGGUUAGAUGUGAAGGCAUCCACCCAUUGACCUCUCUCGUUUCUACUCCAGGCGGAUGUUCCCGCAGAGUAAGGUCAGUGUAACCGGGCUGGAGCCGGAUGGGAAGUACCUCCUUCUCGCGGACAUUGUUCCGGUGGAUAAUUCUCGCUACAAGUGGCAGGAAGACCACUGGGAAGAGAGUGGGAGAGCAGAGCCGCGUCUACCGGAGAGGGUCUACAUCCACCCAGACUCACCGGCCCCUGGGUCCCACUGGAUGAAGCAGCCAAUAUCCUUCCACAAGAUCAAACUCACCAACAACACGCUGGACCAGAUGGGACAUGUAAGUAGCUAUGGCUGGGGACCUGUGACCGAUGUGACGGGAACUUUCUGAUAAUAGAGGAACCACUUGCUGUAUGGGAUGGGUUCCAGAAACAGCAAGACACAGUAGAUAAAGAUACGAACAUCAAAAUAUGUGCUUUAUCUAGAUUGACGAGGAAGCUAUUAUGAUAUUAAGAUUGUUCAGGUUUCUGAUCCCCUGAAAGAAGCUGCAUUAGGCGAGUACACAGCUCUCUAUCUCCUAGAGAAAUGACCCAAGAUGUCACCUCAGUCCCUCGUAAUCCUCAGAACAAAGCAUGUCUUCACCUGGUAGAAGGACAAGGUGACACAGGUGGGAGAAGCUGGGGGUCCUCGUUACCACAAUUAUGAGAUAUGUGAGUUACUGUCCUCCAGCUGAGAGUCCUGUAGUGGGAUACAAGGGAUGUGGAAACACAGGCUGUAUGUGUCUGCUCUAAAUAACUAGCCAUGUGGUGUAACCCACUAAGAAUGGACCAUAAUAAUGUGUUAACAGAGUCAUUUCUCCUCGUCCUCCUCAGAUUAUCCUGCAUUCCAUGCACCGUUACCAGCCACGAUUCCACAUCGUACGAGCCCAAGAUGUCUUCAGCCGGAGGUGGGGUGGGUGCUCCUCCUUCACCUUCCCAGAGACUUUGUUCCUGACCGUCACUGCCUAUCAGAACGAGAAGGUAAGAGAGAGGGGCAUAUUCACGUAAAAUAUGGGGCACAUUAGAAAGAGAAGGUAGAUUCCCAGGGUGAAUAGGCAGAUUCCCAGCGUGAAUGGUCAGAUUCUCAGAGUGAAUGCACAGAUUAUCAGGGUGAAUAGGCAGAUUCCCGUGUUCAGGGUGAAUGGGCAGAUUCUCAUAGGAAAUGGGCAGAUUCCCAGGUUCGGGUGAAUGGUCAGAUUCUCAUAGUGAAUGUGCAGAUUCUCAGAGUGAAUGUGCAGAUUCUCAGAGUGAAUGGUCAGAUUCUCAGAGUGAAUGUGUAGAUUCUCAGGGUCUUGGAGUGACCAGGCUGGUUACCAGGGUGGGCAAUCUAUUCCUAACAAACACUGUGUGCAUCACCCCCAGAAUACAGUGUGUGAGUGAUAACAAGCAGUGAGUAAAGGUAUGAUGUGUAUAAAUGAGGUCGGUGAGUGCUGGCGUAGAAGCUGAGUAUGAGUGUAAUUAGUAGCCAGGCCUGUGCCUAACGAGUUCCCUCUUUUACAGAUAACGCAACUUAAAAUCCAGACCAACCCUUUUGCCAAAGGAUUUCGGGAGGACGGGCUGAAGAAGAAGAGGUGAGCGCGAACAUGUUUUAAGGCUCUUUUUUGGGGGAUAUUUACUAAACAGUGAAACUCUCCAUAUUCCAAUGGGACGUAUUUCCAAGUCAGCAAAUAAUAAUGAGUCUCCCACUGUGAGGUGUGCGGACUUCACUCCACUUUCUUUUAGAAUUUAGCGCAAUAUUUUUCAUAGUAAAUAAUCACAUAUUCUGCUACUUUAUUGCAAAACCAGAAUAGCGCACAAUUCAGGGAAUAAAUCUCGGUUAAUCUGAUUGGUUGGAUCUGACACAAAUUCAAAAUUAAAAGUAUAAGGAAACCUCAUUCUAAACAUUUCAAAUAGACAAAGAGGUUUUCAUAAAUUUUAGGGGUGUAAGUGGGGGUGUGACCAGGGGUGGGGCUGUUCCUACUGUGAGUGUGGCUGUGUCGCCAGGGGCGGGGCUGUUCCGCAUGUGAGUGUGGCUGUGUCGCCAGGGGCGGGGCUGUUCCUACUGUGAGUGUGGCUGUGUCGCCAGGGGCGGGGCUGUUCCUACUGUGAGUGUGGCUGUGUCGCCAGGGGCGGGGCUGUUCCUACUGUGAGUGUGGCUGUGUCGCCAGGGGCGGGGCUGUUACUACUGUGAGUGUGGCUGUGUCGCCAGGGGCGGGGCUGUUCCUACUGUGAGUGUGGCUGUGUCGCCAGGGGCGGGGCUGUUACUACUGUGAGUGUGGCUGUGUCGCCAGGGGCGGGGCUGUUACUACUGUGAGUGUGGCUGUGUCGCCAGGGGUGGGGCUGUUCCUACUGUGAGUGUGGCUGUGUCGCCAGGGGCGGGGCUGUUCUGCAUGUGAGUGGGGGGGUGGUGAGAGCAGGGCUGAAUCAUUUUAGGUGACUUACUAAUAACAAUUUAUAAAACUAAAAUAUAAUUUAGAACAAGAACAUUGUAAUGGAGGUAUUGGAUUUAGUGAAAACCGGUAUUCAAAAUGUGCAAUCUUUAUUGUACUAUUUUCUAAGAGCAAAAACAUGCACUGAGCUUCUCUAGGGAGAAUGUAAUUAGGUACAAACUGUUACUUUAUCGACCUCUUCCGUGUCCCCCCACCUUUUCCAAUACCUAAUCCCUCCCACUUUUCUACACAGAGAUCGAAUCACGCGAGUGAAAAGGAAAGCGCCAAGCGCAGAUCACGAGCAAGACUCGUUUCAGGCCGGUAGGUGAUACUCAAUACUACUAUACAGCGGAGACCAGCAAUGCUGCUUGCAAUAGAUUGGCUCCUCCUCUGGCAAUGUAGGUGUUAAACAUAUUAAUUCCUGAUGGGACUGGCACAGUCCACAGAUUUAACCCUUUAAGGACCAAUGUUGUCAUAUUAGCAGUCUGGUCUGCAAAGAUGCCGUUUCAGCGUGGAGUGUCCCACUCAGGGAGCAGUAGUGAGGGGCUGAUUUGUGGAGCUCCCAGGGCUUGAUAAACAGGUCAUUUUUUGCUGUUUCCAGAUUGAGUUGACAGAGAAAACGUUGUUAAACAUAGUAUUUGGAUACAUGUGGCCACUGGACCUUUCAUUUUAGAGACUGUUGCAUUUUGUAUAUAUACUAUAGAUUACAGCAUUCUAUAUUUGAAUAUAGUAUUAAUGUAUGGAAUCUUGUCCCCCCAGCAGAGUGCAAGCGCCCACUUUACGGAGGACCGUGUGACUCUACACUGGGAGAGGAGCUGGAUAUUGGGGGGAGUCUCGCUAUCCCUCUCCCCAGUCCUGAUUGUGCUUUCCACCUCAUCACCCCCCCAACACCAGCACCCCCAGCCAGUGAAGUCCCUGAUCCCUCUUCAAUCCCACCAAUGACAGCUAAUCAGGACCAAGGGACCACCCUCGAGGUACCCCAGCAAAACACAGAGCCCUUCCUGGAGACAGGGGGACAGUCCUACCCGGAGCAGCCUGUGGACAGGGCGAGCAGCAUCUUCUCAUGGUGAGUGCAGGGUCCAUCGCCCUAUUUAUAUAUUAACUAUUGACGUACAGCGUGCAUGGUCAAAUAUUGGGGUGCACAGCAGCGUUUGGGGAGACGACCUGCCCAGCUUCCACCAUGAUGGCAGUAACAUUACUUUGCUGCAAUGCAAAUAAUAAUAACAGAAUGUUGAAUUUUUACAAUGAGAUCCUGUCGACCCUAAUAUUAUCUCACAGACUGAUGGUAUGAAUGUUUUUAUGCUGUGGGUUGCCAGACUGCCAUGGUUUUUACUUUUUUUUUUGUAACAUGUAUAAACUCUUCAAGCUGUGGGGCUGCUCGCACAGUGUGCUCUUAGCUGUAUGUAGCAUUCAUGUGCCGUGGACAUGAAAGACGUUGAUAAUACAGAGGGGUAUAGAAAGGUAAAAACUGUGAUUGGUUAUUUGGUUUCACUCCUGCAGCUCUCUACAGCCAGGAGUACUUUUGAUGUCCAACCCCACAGCUUGAAGACAUGAUACGAGUCUUGAAAAAUCAAACAGAAUAAAACAUGGACCUCUGUCAGUCCUGGAUAAGAAUUUACUCAUUAAAGGACUGAGUACAGUGUUUUGUUCAAAAUAUUGAUUACAGUCAGUGACUCAUAAUAUAUUCAUCAAUAGUCUGUAUGUAAACACAAUCAUGACUGUACAUCAGUACAGAAUAUACCUGUGUUUUGCAAGGAUUAAUAAUAUAAUGUAUAUUUACAUUAAUUAAACAAACUAAAGAGUAAAACUUGAAAUUUCUCAGAUUUUUUUUUACCAUUUUUCUAUCUUUCUCGCACCUUUAGCCCUCCUGAAUCGCCAGUUUCCCAGCUCCAGUCUGUCUGUGUACCGCGUUCUCUGCAUCCGUUCCCCCCAUCGUUCGCUGUCCCACUGGACUCCCCCCAACUCACUGACAGCCAAUCAGAUUUCAGGCUGUAUGGGCCGGACCACCCCUGCGGAGCAGAAUUUACACCCUCGGCCUGCGCGGUUGCACCGACUGGAAGAAGUGAGGAUGUAAGUGCCCGAGGUUACCACAUGAACUCUGAAAUUCGAUUUCCUCACUUCCUGGCCAACACGGGUCCAAAGCUGGGCCUGCAAUUUUCAGGUCCACAAUUACAGCGUCUAUAUACAGGGGGUGGCUGGAUGUAAGUGUUAUAUUCAGACAGUGAAAUUAAUAGUGGGAGACGAUCAAGACCGACCCCCAUUACCAGAAAAAUAUUGCAGAGUUCUGGUUGUAAAUAUGUUCGAUAACAAGUCUUUAAUAAUGAAUCUGCUCCCAAUCAGACAUUAAAAGGAACCCAUCAGCUGUUUAAUGAAAGAACCUGUUUGUGGGAUAUUUCUUAUUUUUCUAUAUUCAUAAUACGCUUGUGAUAAUCCUUAAAUAAUGGACACCCAGUUCAUGAAUAACUUGUACACUCAAUCCAGCCACGAAUAUCCUCCAUCACAGCCCCCCAACCUUGGAAUUUAAUCUCAUAUUCUCCCAGGUUCUGCCUGCUGGGUUUGGAAUAGACCGCUGAGUUCCGUAGAGACCCACGUGGGAGGGAUCAUUCAUAGGAGCUCUGCAUGGUUUGUACUCAUACGUUGCUGAUUACAGCGGAGUUCCGGAGGGUUUAGGGAGUUGCUUUAGAAAUGAGUGAUGGGUAGAAUAUCUGCAGAGUUUCCAAUACCUUGCUGCUGAGUUCAUGAGAAUCAGCGACAGGGCUUAUUCGUGGGAACUCAGAAUAAAUUGUAAAUAAAAAUGCCAGGAAAACCAUUAAUUUGGACGCGGCCGAGUAUUGAGUAAGUAUUGAAGAGUUUUACUUUCCAUCUGAAGUUUAAUUCAGUUUAUGCCAGACAAAUAGCUAAUGAGUUAAUGAGUGUCUAGCACCCUCCAAUUUGUGCGCCUGCCAGUCAUGUCCCAUUCUGGGAAUUCUAAAAAAUUAGGGGUUGGCUCCUUAUUACUCUGCCAUAGAUUUAAAGAGAAACACACCACUUAAACAUAUUAUGGAUCGAUUCCUUAAACAACUCUGAAUAUACCAUACGUGCUUCCCGUAUUUCUCCGAUGAUAAACGUUGCUCAUUAAGCGAGUGCAGAUGUGUAAUAGUCUUACCAAUUUACUGCUCCGUGUGACCCGCUAAUCUAAUGCCAAAUUUUUUUUUAAUUUUUUUUUUUAAAGCACAUGCAAAUAUGGCUGAAAUUUUUUUAAUAUACAAAUCUGAAAUCUCUUAUAGACAGAACAUCCACUAAUAAGAGGAAUGCAGAGCUGGCAUUUUAACCCUUUAACUGUCAGCUAUGUAAUGUUAGCAUUUCUGAUACACAGAGGUUUAUGGGCAAAAAAUGGCUUACCCCUCUGACAUGCAAAGGGUUAAGGAUACCCCGAUAACCCGGCUAUGACACACAGUGGGAAUUCAAAGUAUUUCAAAUUUAAGGUGGAAAUAGCCAUUCCAGUAAAAUGCUCUAAAUCAGCAAUGCUCUCGGUUUGUCUACUUUGGCCUUACAUUUGAAUUCACUGUGAAUUCCCAUUUUACUGACUAACCCUGCUCUAGGGUUCUGGUUCUGCAGAGGCCUGAAAGUAUAAUUAGCGUUGUCCCCUAUUAUAUUGCAUACUGUUCAAUUAUUUUCUCUGUUCUACUCUUUGACUUUGUAAUUAUUUAUCAAACACCUACUGUUUACUU